UCCCUUCUCAAGUUUUCAAUAAUCCCUCAAUAUAUGGGCUCAUGCUGAGAUCAUAUAGUCAACAUGGUUCCUCCUGAAUCCUCACCACUUUUAGGCGUUUCCAGCUACCGUGAUUGCAGCGGCGGCCGAGGCGGUUUCACGGAGGUGAUGAUGAUGAGAAGAGAAAUAAUAAACAAUCAAGAUUCUAGUGGAGAAACCGCAGCUUCUGCAAACUAUUGUAACAUUUCUUCUCCUCCGGCUAAUAAAGACGAUGGAUCCGCCUCAAAGAACGACGUCGUUUCUUAUAUUAACAUAGAAGAUGGUAAUAAAGAUAAAUCUUGGCUCCGCUUAGGUAUAGGCCCUGAGGAGAAAAGCAACUGCAAUAAGACGGCGUCAUAUAAGUUCCAGCGUUGUUGUAGCAAAAACUUCGAUGGAAGAGAAAAUUCCUCAGAGCUCAAUUUGUUCUCCUCAUCGUCAAACUUGGCAGGAGCGCUUAGUAGUAGUGUAGAUAACACGCAGCUGCAGCAGCCGCUAAUUGGAUCUCAAACGUUAUUAAAUCGUGGCUUUUGGUUCCCAUCUUCAAAGAUGCCUCAAUAUACGGCGCCAUUUAGACCGUCAUCAUUAGGAAUGAUGCGUGAUCGUGACGUCACUUACAAUAAUAGUGUUACAAGGAGUUAUUGUGUGGAGGAGGGAGGAGCUGGACCAAGCUCGGAGUUUAGGGUUCUUGAUCCUCCAAAAAGACCACAUUCUGGUCUUUGGUUUCUUCUUCAAGCUUCACAAUAUCAGGAAAAGGAACCGUUCUUGCCUCAAGUAAACAAAGGCUACUUGAGAAUCAAGGAUGGGAGAAUCACAGUUAGAUUGCUAACUAAGUACGUUAUGAAGAAGCUUCAACUGGAUAGCGAAUCUGAGAUAGAAAUAAGAUGCCGAGGAGAACAGUUAUCGCCGUUGUUGACGAUGCAGCAUGUAAGGGAUACCAUUUGGAGCCCAAAAUCAUCAUUACCACCAUCAUCAUCUCCUUUCACUUUGCUUCGGGAGUCAUCAACUAGUGAUCAUGUCAUGAUUUUGCAUUAUGGUAGGACUGCUUAAUGUUUAAUUUAUUUAAUAGUUUUUGCUCUACGUGUAACAUU